GGUAAAAUUUAAUAUUUAAGGGAUCUCAGUUACUUAAAGUGAUGACCUUGUGGACUACUUCAACGUAUGCCAUGCUUGCAUCCUUAAUUAAUCUUAAUGGAUAUGAUUUUUCUUAAACUCCAAGUUUAAAUAAGUCUACGACCUAAAUUUUCAAAUUUUUGUCAUUAUUUGACAAAUGAAUAAAUAAAUAACUAUAGCAAUAAAUCGAAAAUAAACAACAACGUAAAUCUUGACCCAUAUUAGGUUUUUGUAAUACUUUUUUUUUUCUUGUUUGUUUUUGUUUUUUCAUAAAAUCAACGGUUACACUUGAAAAUGUAGAUUGUUUGUGAUUUUAUAUGAUUACAUGUAAGAACAGAGAUUGGCUUUCAAAACAAGAAAACAUCAAGAUCAAACGCAAACCCAAAUAUGUUUGAUUAUGACGAUGAUUCAUGUUUAACAAAUACUUUAACAACAGUUAUGAAUUUUAUUGAAUUACAAAGAGUCACAAGCUAUUUGAUUGCAACUUCAAUUGAAGUUGAAGGUUUGUUUUCAAUACCCAUACCUUUGGAAGAUGUUCUUGAAGUCAAAAAAUGUUUCGAUUCAUGUGAUCCUCUUGAGACAAAGAACAUCAAAAUGAAGCACUUGAAUCCUCACAUUGUGGCGGCAUUAAUGUUAUUUUAUCUUAAAAAGCUCAAUGGCUAUCUUUUCACUGACCAACUUCACAGUGUUUUUGUUGCAAGUACAACAAUUUCAAAAUUGCGAGCAAGAGCUUACGUGUUACGCUUAUUGUUGAACCGCCUUCCUCCAUCAAAUUAUGCACUUCUAAAGAACAUUAUUUUCUUAUUCUUUUGUAUUAUUACUAAAAAUGAGGUUAAAACGACGGGUUCACCAGGAAUUAUUGAUACUUUGGGACCAUUAUUAUUAAAAAAGUCCUAUGAUGUAAAACAGUAUUCUGGAAAUACAACGCUUGUUGAAGUUUCCAACAUAUUAGCAUCAACCUUAGUUGGUGAAUGGAAUUAUUUAUUUAAUUAUCACAGAAUUAUUGGAAAAAGCUCAUCCAAUACAGUUUUCUUGAAGUUGUUGUCAUCAAAAUCUAUUUGUGGUACUGCUGAAACUAUUAAAACCUUUCAAAGUGAGAGACAAUUAAGCUUAAAUGAUCUGAAACAAAAUAAAAGUGGUGUAUCUUUAAAUCAUGAGGAUCUUAAAACAGUCAAGUCUUAUGAAGGAACCAAAUGCAACCACAACUAUUCUCAAAGGUGUCAAUCACACCUUUGCACAUUUGAAGUUUUUUAAUAAAUAUUAAAGACAAAACUAAAAUAAUCCAAAAUGAUUCCCAUUACAUUGGAGAUGGUAUGGAAUGUAAAAACAAAAAUCCUACAUUCAAAGCUACAUUUCCAUGCUCAAUCAAUAAAAUAUACCACACCUAUGAUGUCAAAUUAUCAAAAAACAAAUAUCAUGAUAAUGUUACAAGAAAAGAAUUUUCAUCAAACCAUGUAUUUUUUAAAAAUAAAAGUCAAAAUGCAUGCAAUUCUUUUUACACUUCUCACUCUAAAGAUAUAGUCACAAAUCAAAUAUACUUAAAUAUGCCAAAUCCUUGUGAUGAAAGCAAUGGUGAAAAUGAUGUCCGCAUCAAUUGUUUUAUACCUCAAUAUUGGAAACAUCGAUUUAAUCUUGAUGAUAAUAUUGACUUGUCCAACAACAUUGAUAAAAAAAUGGUUGAUCUCGACUUCUUUGAAGAUAAUAACAAUUAUGCAUUAACUUCUCAAAUCAAUGCAAGAUCCAAAACUUACAAAGAAUUUCAAUACAAAUGCAAAAAAAAUUCCUCGCCCAAUAAAUGUGCACCAAAAACAAAUGAAAUAUUUUUUUGCGAAAAAAAAACACAUGCAACUUUUAAAACUUUCAACAAAAGGAAUAAAGUUUUUGAGGCAUGCUUGAAAAUGAAUUCACCAUGCAAAGAUAAAUCCACAUUGUCCAUCAAUCCAAUGUGCCAUAAAUCAAAUUUUGUUUCAAACAAUUUUUUUAAUAUUAGCAUAUUUUUCCAUAAUAUCCAUGAUGGAAGCGGGUUGCUCAACUUUCAGAACAUAUAUGAAGAUUUUUGUGUGUUUAUUUCAAUGAUUUAUCUGAACAAACAAGAUCAUGCUCAUUUUUACAAGCCAAAAAAAAAUGGGCAAAUACCCAAAUAUAUUGAUAACUCUUAUGAAUUAUUAAAAGAGUAUGCUUUAUUUCAUUUGAAAAAAUAUAAUUCAUUACUGAAACGUGGUGAAAAAACAAACAUUAUUAACUUCAAAUUUUUAUCAGAUAAAAUGUUAGAGUCUAACACCAAUUCAUCAAACAUUGAUUAUGGAUUUAAAAUUCUAGAAAAGACAUGUGAUCAAAAAGAAUCCUACAAUGAUGGCCAUCAUAACAUAAAAAAUAUUCAAAACAUACUAAGUUUUUUGAAUCAUUUAAAAAAUAUAAUAAUUAUAUGCAUGAACUAUAGGAAAGAUCACAAAAAUAAUCUCAUUCCAAGAAACAUAUUUUUGGAAGCUAUAUUCAAGAAUGAAAUAAAAAAUGAUAAAAUGUUAUCAGAAAAUGACAUUAUGGAGUUUCUUUCAUCAAAUAUUUUGAAAAUAAACAAGAAUAUUGAAUAUUUUUUAACUUUACUAUAUUCAAAUGAUUUAAAAAAACACAUUUUGUUCCAACACUUAAAACCUUUAUGCACAAGAAAUCCUCUUUUGUUGACAAUUCAAGACAUUGUAACACCAUCACCUAAUUCUAAAAGUGAUGAAAGUAAUAAAAAUAAUAAAAAUAAAAAUGAUGAAAACUUUUUAAAUCAUUCUACUCCAUGUAUGAAUUCUUGUGUGCUUCCCUCUAAUCUUCAACCAAGUCUUUCAUUUCCAUCUUUAUCUAUACCUCGUCAUUCACCAAUAAAUGAAGAUGAAAAUUCUAGUGAAAAACAUUCAACAAGUUUUCAACAUCAAGCUCAACCAACUAAUGGCUCUAAACCAUUUUGUAUUCCCCCACCUCCUCCUUUGCCACCAUCAAAGAAGAAAAUUGUUCCACAAUCUUCUACCCAAAAAUUAGAUGUUAUUAAAAAUGUAAUUAUUCCACCUCUUUCAUUAAAACCCAAACAAGACUCCAACACCAAUGUUGUUGUAAAACCAAAGUUUAAACAACUUGUGUGGGAUAAAAUAACACCAACAUCAACAAAUAAAACCGUUUGGUCAAACACCUCAUUGACCAAUGUAAAAAUGGACCUUCAAGAGCUCGAAUCAUUAUUUGCUCUAAAAGAAGUUGUACCAAAAAAAACUACUUUCAUUGAUAGAAACACAAACAUUAAAAAACUGCAAGUAGUGAGUAUUUUGGAUCUCAAACGAGCACACAAUGUGAAUAUUCAAUUGCGGAGUUUGCGGACUCCAUUGCCAAAACUAUUGGAAGCACUUCAAAACAUGGAUCAUGAUAUUCUUACAUCAGAGGUUCUCAUGGUGAUGCAUAAUACUCUACCAAAUGAGGAUGAUGUCAAACUAUUACAAAACUAUGUUGGUGAUGUUGAUCCUUUGGCUGAAAUUGAAAAGUACUACUUGGAUUUACUAAAGAUUCCAAGAUAUAAAAAUAGAAUUAAAUGUUUAGCAUUCAAAUUACAAUAUAAAGCAACUUAUGAACAGACUCAACAUGAUUUGGAAUUAAUUGAAAAGGCUUGCAAUCAACUAAAAUCAAGUCAAACUCUUGUUAAAAUUUUGGAGAUGGUUUUAGUUGCGGGAAACCAUUUGAAUGGCGAGUCAUUUUGUGGGUCUGCAAGUGGUUUUAAGCUUGAUGCAUUGUUGAAGCUAAUGGAUGUAAAGGGAUGUCACAAGAACACCACAUUGCUCCAUUUUGUAGUAGCUGAGCUUUUAAAGAUGGAUGAACAGGUUGGGAAAUUAUCAGAAGAAUUGAGAGAAGUAAAAUUAGCAGCUAAUUUGAGUUUGGAUAGGUUAAAUUCAAAUUUGAAAGAACUUGAACGUGGCUUAGAGAUUCUUAAUCAAGAGAUUCGAGAUAUUCAUUCAAACAAUACAUUGGCAAACUCAAAUGAAUUAAAAUUUAUUGAAUCAAUGGUCCCAUUUGCUCAAACAUCAAGCAAAGAUUUCAUCAUAUUACAAAACAUGGCAAAAUCAUCAUUGAAUAAACUCAAGGAUGUUGCAAUGUAUUUUGGCGAGCCCGUUAAAGGAGAUCAAAACACCAAUUUGUUUAAAAUCAUGCGUGAAUUUCUUUUCAUGUUUGAUUGUGCUUGCAAUGAAAUUAAGAAAGCAAAAAAACAUAAAGACAAUGCCAUGUCUAUAUCUCAUGCACAACAAAGGCCUGCAAGUGCCAUAUGUCAACCAAAAACUGCUCUUCAAACCACAAAUCUAUAUCAUGAAGAACAACUUGAAAAUACUCCAUCUUCCAAACUCUCUCUAAUUGAAAGAAUUCAAGGAAGGAAAUCUUGUACAUCAUUUCCAGAAGAACUUGAGAGUAUUCAACUGAGGAGACCAAGCACAUCUUCCAACACUCCUUUGAGGACUCACACAGUGUCAUCCACUAAUAAUAGUUCUAAUGUUGUUGCAAGUGCACAGGAAAAGUUAUUGCAAAGCAUUCAAAACCAAUCGCAACAUUUUGACUCAGAUUGGUCCACAAAUUGAUUAAAACGUUGACACACACACACACAGAAUAUGAUAGUUUCUUUUGGUUUAAAAAAAUAAAAAAUAAAAAAUAAAAAAAGUUUCGCUCAAAAUGCAACAAGGUCAAUUUUGUAAAAGUUGAUUUUAAAUACCAAAAAUGUAACAUUGAACCAUACUCUCUCAUGACUCAGAUCUUCAACUUUGAUAGAACCUGAUCUCUUUUCAGCUUAAUCAGCACCACAUUGUGAUCUUGCAAAGUUUUACCAUUGGGGGUGUUCCCUCGCUCUCGUUCUCUUUCACCCACACAAAUACAUUUACACACACAAUGAGUAGGGAGAAUCAUCACUCACUCAAUGUUUGCAAAGCAAAACCUGACAGUUGAGUUGGAAUCUCUUCGAAGAAAGCAUAAAGGCUAUCGACAUUCUCAGUCAACGCAAGACAGGAAUGAAUCCUUCACGCCCACUUCACACCUAGUUUUGAGAUCUGUUUGUAAACUAACCUUUGACAAUGAAAGUGCUGGGU